GGCUCAUAUCAUGCCACUCAAGAUAUAGCAAGACAUUUUGGAUAUAAUUUUAACGACUAUAGUUUACAGCUUAUGAAAACCUUAAAUUGAAAAUUCAGAUUUUUUUCCUAAAACUAAACCAAGUGGUAUAUCUCACUUUAUGUAAUGAGAGUUACAUUAGUUUCACAUUUGAAGUUGAAUUGUUGAAAUGGACUUUUACAAUACCUUUUAGUUUUACCUAUAUCCCAUCAACCUGACCUAUUUGCCUUCCAUGUUGAACUUGCGGUGUUUUAGGCAGCAAAUCCACAUUGCUUUCAGAUUGACCUAAUUUUGAAAGUUUUAGUGGGGGGAUUGUCACAUGGUCCUUUUAUAAUGCCCUCAUAACUCCAUUAAAUGUGUCAUACGGACAUGUAGUGAUGGGCCAGACCAAACUGUAGCCUCUAUGUAUAAAGAAACACAAGGAGUGGUACAGUAAACUGACUUUUCAGUUGAAGUCACUGAGCAAAAAAAAAAAAAACAUUAGUAUGCUGCAUUUGCCAUCGGUAUUUGUCGCUAUCAUCGAUCUAAAUGGAAUUGAGAAAAGUUCUGAGGUGUGGGAUUAUUUCUACUUUUAAAGUGCCCAAUAUGGUAAAUGCUUUUUCAGGUUGGCUCAUUGACCUAAGUUGCUGGUUUCAUAUUCCUUUCUACAUAGCUUUUUGUUAGAAAAUACUUUUAUUUUAUUUGCUGGUCAAAUGUACCUGCGUACUAGUCAUCCAAAUGUAUCAUUCAAUUCGCAUCUUGUAGUGGAUGGAUUAUCUUGACAAAACAUACUAACCAAUUCAGACAGAUUUGUCAACAAUUUUAGAGCUAAAUAAGCAUUUUUAUCUACAUAGAAAAUGGAGGUCUGGAGAAGUUCAGCUCUAGAAAGAAUGGAGUAAAAAGUGUUUGUGUAGUGUACAUUAGUUUAUCCUUGUUUAAAUUGUCUUGAAUAUUGUAAAUUUUACCUCUUAACUUUUUUUCUAUUACUUUUUCCUUUUAAGGCGGACUUUAGCAGCGUUAUGAGAGAAAAAUGCACUUAAAUCAAAAGUUUUAGUAUUUUAAUAUGACAAAGUCGUAACGUUGCGAAAAAGUACUUUGUAGUCAUGGAAAAGGUAUCUUAUGAGAAACAGUCCAAUUUUAUGCCAAGUUGAGGAAUAUUUGUUACAAGUAAAGUAAAAAGGACGUACUGUAUGCCAAAAGCAACACCACAAAGUCUGUAUUAGAAGAAUAAAGUAUUGGUACAAGAAAGUCAAUGAUAGCAAAGUCACUUUUACAAAGAAUAUUUUGUACGAGAAUUGUCAAAUUACUCAAAAGUCACAAAUGUUACACGUGUGUUUUUUUAUUUAAAUUUCAAAUAUUAUUCACAUAUCAGAAAAAACUCAUGUUAAAAUUUUUUGGGGCAACAAUAGCCAUAUGGGAAAAAUAUCAGGAAAAACUUGUGUAACAAAACACUUUUGACAAGAAUAGGAAUAUUAUAGGAAAGAAACAUGUUACAUUAAGCCACUUGUAUAGAAAUUAAGCAAUCCUAUAGAAGAGUCCAUUAUGAUUUUUUUGUCAAUGUUUAAGAUUUUGUAAUUUCUGACAAGGUGCAAUACAAAAAUACUCAUGGGAAUUAGAGGGGGAAAAUGCUUGAUUUUGUGAGAUUGUUUUAAAAGUCAACAUGGUCAGUACUUGGAAAAAUGUUGCAAUAUUUAAUUAUGGCUGUAGCUGUAGUAAUAUUACAAAACCAUUGAAGUUGGCACAUUUGUGUAAAUGAUAAAUAACAAUACAAUGAGUUGCAAAUCCUUUUAAACUUUUCAAGACUGCAAAGACAAGAUACUUAACGUUCGAACUGGUAAACUUUAUUUUUUGCAAAUAUUAGCCAAUUUAGAAUUUGAUGCCUGCAACAUGUUUCAAAACAGGCGGCACAAGUGGCAAAAAAUACUGAAAAAGUUGAGCAAUGCUUAUUAAAUAGUUAAUUGAACUAUCCCACAGGUGAACAGGCUAAUUGGGAACAGGCGGGUGCUAUAAAUAAGUAAAAAAGCAGCUUCCAUGAAAUGCUCAGUCAUUCACAAACAAUGAUGGGGUGAGAGUCACCACUUUGUGAACAAAUGUGUGAGCAAAUUGUCCAACAGUUGAACAUUUCUCAACGUGCUAUUGCAAGGAAUUUAGGGAUUUCACCAUCUACAGUCCACAAUAUCAUCAGAAGGUUCAGAGAAUCUGAGGAGAUCACUGCACGUAAGCGUAAAGGCUGAAAACCAACAUUGAAUGCCCGUAACGUUCAAUCACUAAGACGCUACUGCAUUAAAAAGCGCCAUCAGUGUGUAAAGGAUAUCACCACAUGGGCUCAGGAACACUUCAGAAAACCACUGUCGGUAACUACAGUUAGUCACUACAUCUGUUAGUGUUAGGUAAAACUAUGCAAAGCGAAAGCCAUUAAUCAACACCCAGAAAUGUUGCCGCCUUCGAUGGGCCCGAGCUCAUCUAAGAUUCACUGAUGCAAAGUGGAAAAGUGUUCUGUGGCCUGUCGAGUCCACAUUUCAAAUAGUUUUUGGAAACUGGAUGUUGUCUUUCGGACCCAAGAGGAAAAGAACCAUCCGGACUGUUUUAGGCGCAAAGUUAAAAAGCUAGCAUCUGUGAUGAUAUGGGGGUGUAUUAGUGCAAGGCAUGGGUAACUUACACAUCUGUGAAGGCACCAUUAAUGCUGAAAGGUACAUACAGGUUUUGAAGCAACAUAUGUUGCCAUCCAAGCAAUGUGUGAAGGCACCAUUAAUGCUGAAAGGUACAUACAGGUUUUGAAGCAACAUAUGUUGCCAUCCAAGCAAUGUCUUUUUCAUAGCUGCCCAUUCUUAUUUCAGCAAGACAAUGCCAAACCUCAUUCUGCACGUGUUACAAACAGCGUGGCUUUGUAGUAAGAGUGCAGGUACUGGAUUGGCCUGCCUGUCGAGUGAGUACCUGUCUGACAUUGAAAAUGUGUGACGCAAUAUGAAGCGUAAAAUACGACAGCGGAGACCCCAGACUGUUGAACAACUUAGGCUGUACAUCAAGCAAGAAUGGGAAAGAAUUCCACUUCAAAUAUUGGUGGUCUCAGUUCCCAAAUGUUUACUGACUGCUUUUAAAAGGAAAGGCCAUGUAACACAGUGGUAAAAAUGCCUCUGUGCCAUUUUUUUUUUUUUUUUUACAAUGUGUUGCUACCAUUCAGUUCUAAGUUAAUGACUACUUGCAAAAAAAAAAAAUGUUUCUCAGUUUGAACAGACAACGCUUAUUUUGAGAUUAGUUCCUUUACAACUCUUGUGGCCAUAUUUCAGACUGUUUAAAAAAUAAAAUUCUCUUGCGAAAAAAAAAAAAAAGGACAUGAAAAGGUCAUGUGUUGCCCUGACAAGUAAGUUGUAAUAUUGAAAGUGGUACUGUUACAAAAAUAAACCUACAUUUACAAGAAAUUUCCUAUUGCAGCAACAAAAAUGUUUACUGCAAGUACUUGUGAGUUUGUAACACUUUCAUUAUUGGGACAUUUUUACUUAUGCAGACAUUUUACCACAUCCACACAAGAAAUUGUGUGUGUGUUUCUAAGUUAAAGCUCUGCCUCGCUAAUCCCGCCAACCUUUCAUCUCCAUCUCUAGGGGAUUUGACUUCCAUUAAGAGAUGGCUUUUUGCUGGGUUUGUGUGUGAGUGACAAAACACGCACACACACACACACGAGGGCAAAGAGUGGGUGGGUCAAAUGUUGAAAGACUUUCAAGUAAAAUGGAUGUGAAGCCAACCAGUGAAGUUUGAGGGUGAACAACAUGGACACACGUAUGGGCAUUUGGACUGGGACUUCUCAUCAUCAUUACAGCACACAUGGAUGCAACAUUCUGGAAAGUUCCACAGAGCUGCGUUAAUCCCGGCAUGUCCCAGAUGAGAGACAAGAGUAAUGACGGCCAUCGCUUUCACGGUCUGGUUGCUGUGCCUGCUACCUGCUGCGGCGCUGUCUCGCUGGGCAUGCGUGCGGGCGUGUCCCCGGUCCUGCUCCUGCACGCAGGAGAAGAGCUGCAGCGUCCUAUGCGACCGCUCCGGUCUCGCUGAGCUGCCCAGAGAGUUCCCCUGCGAGGCGUCGGCCAUCAACCUGGACAAGAACAGCCUCAAGUUCCUAUCGGAGAAGGCCUUCGGUACCCUGCCGUCCCUCAAGUUUCUCUCUCUGGACCACAACAACAUCUCCUUCAUCACACCUGGAGCCUUCAAGGGCUUAGCCAACCUGGUGGAGCUGAAGAUGGCGCACAACGAGUACAUCAGCUACCUUCACACCCGCACCUUCACCGGACUGAAGAAGCUGGUGCGCCUGGACCUCUCCGACUGCAACCUUUUCAACAUCCCAGACCGCAUCUUCAUCGAGCAGACGGCGCUCAAGGAGCUGCUCUGUUUCCAAAAUAAGUUCCGCAGGAUCCCCGGAGCAUUCCGAGGCAUGGAAAACUUAACCCACAUCUACCUGGAGAGGAGCAAGAUUGAGGCGGUGGCCUACAACUCUCUGCUGGGCCUGGGCAGUCUGAAAUACCUGAACCUCCAAGAGAACCGUAUCAACGUCAUCCACGACCAGGCCUUCCAGGACCUGGUGCGCCUGGAGAACUUUUACCUCAACGACAACCAGCUGUCCGACUUGCCGCGGCAGGCCUUCAAGGGCCUGAGCCGCCUCAAGAUGCUCAACCUGGGCGGGAACCGGCUGACCAACGUGUCCAAGACCUGGUUCAGCGACCUGGUGGAGCUGGAGAUCCUCUACCUGGACCGGAACCAGCUGCUCUACAUCGAGGAGGGCACCUUCGAGAACCUGACCAGCCUGAUCACGCUGCACCUGAACAGCAACAACCUCACCACUCUCCCCUUCCCGGUUUUCCAGCCCGUCUACUUCCUGGGCCGCCUCUACCUCUUCAAGAACCCCUGGGAGUGCCAGUGCUCCCUGGAGUGGCUCAAGGACUGGAUGGAGAACUACAAGCUGGUGCGGGACAUCCCCUGCUCGGCGCCCUCCUCCGUCGCCGGGUUGGAUCUGGGCCAGGUGGUCUUUACUAAGGUGAACGGUACCUGCGUGGACCCGGCGGACCUAAACCUGACCACGGUGUCUUCGGAGGUGACGCCCACCACGGAGAACCGCUUCAACAGCCUCCUGUCCAAGCUGCUGCAGCAGGAGCACCGCGACGAGAUGGGGAACUGGACGGAGGGCGCUCGCAACGGGACGCUGGCGAACCCCGUAGAGGGACAGCUGUCGGCGGGGACAGACCGGCGUUGCUGUCCAAGAAGGUGGUCUCUCGCGGCAUGGCUCAUCUUCUGGGCCGGAGCGGGACUUUCUUGUACGUAAGUUUCCCUGACGGAGUAGCUUCGAAGCGUCCAUUUUGUUAACGUCCUGGCCUAAGCGUUCUUUGUCACUGACAGAUGUUCUCUCACUCGCUGUUCUUUCCUGCACUCUCUCUCUCUCUCUCUCUCUCUCUCUCUCUCGCCGUUAAUCUUCUUACAUCAUGUGAGUCCCCCUCCCACUUGAUGAAGGCGGGGGCUGUGGGGGUGCGAUUGACAUAUGCCAGACUGUGGAUUUGGGGGAUUCCUGCACUCUGACGCCGUCCGCGUGUCACUUCGUAGUCUUGAUGCUGCUGUGGUCGCCUCGAAUAUUUUUUUAAAUAAUGGCAAUAAAAAGCAAAAAAAAACAAAAAAACAAAAUGUUUCCUUUUCCUCGCCUCAAUCGAGGAGUGGAGUUGAUGUUUAGCGAGGGACUAUGGCCUGAGAUCAUCGUCUAGCAACUUUUCCACAUGGUAAAUGCUGCAGGUUUCACUGCACGUCUUGAAGACACUUUCUCCUGCAGCGCCUCACAUGCUGCAUGCUGGAUUUUAAAUAUAUUGCAACACAAAAACAAAAAUCAAAAUCCCUGAUUUAAAGCUGCGAGGAUUAGGAGCGACAAAACACUCCGACUGAUUGGAACCUGUCUUUUAUGUCCAAAAUUGGAAUAUUUGUUUUAGUCCUGUCAAACAUUCAUCUUUAUCAACUCGUUAAGCAGGCUUCUGCAUUGUGACCAAUCACCUGCUUGCAUCGUUUAGAUCAGGGGUCGGCAACCCGCGGCUCUUUGUUCACUCUGAUGUGGCUCAGCUGCAUAAUCGCCAACCCCCCUGAUUGUUUUGGGGGGGGGUUCCGUAUUUUGGUGCCUCUCCCAGACAUCACCCGGGGUUAACAUUCUCAGAUUUUCACGAUAUAGAGGGCGUGCCGCGAUGGCUUUACUUUUACAGUCCUCUACGACAUGUCAUCGCGCCCGCCUUUACACAGCGCUAUCUGCGUGCCGGCCGGAUGCGUGCAUUUUGCUGCUUCUAUCGUCACACGUACAAGAUUGCAAGGCAUACUUUGUCAACAGCCAUACGGGUUACACUGAAGGUUGUGAUAUAAACAACUUUAACACUCUUACUAAUAUGCGCCA